CUACAAAUUAAAAGUGAAAGUGAGACAAUAUGACGGUGAGCACACAGACAAGUGGAUCUAUGUGUCAGUGGCCAAGGAGGUGGCGUCAAUUCUCGGAAGUGGUCGCGACUUGAACUAACGAAAUUUAAUUCUCAAUCUCAAAUUACUCCACUGACAUAAUUUCCUCGCAAAAUUAUUGCAAAAACGGAGAGAGACGCGUCUCAGUGAGUGAAAUUCCUCUAUCAUCCCUCCAAAUAUGAACCCGAAAUAUUUAAUUCUCUCAAAAUGAGAAGUCAAUACCAAACCGUUCAUAACCCCUUUUUAAUGUUUAAACAUUUUUUUCAAUAAUUAUUUAUAAAAAUUUCGCAAAAUUUCCGAGAGCAGCGCGGGUCAAUAAUAUUUUUCUAUAUUUUCCAAAAAAUCCUGACUGAAAAUAUUUUUUUCUUUUUAAAUGAGAUGUCGAUCACGAUACGUCUAGCCAUUUUCCACAGUCGAGGUGAAUUUUUCAUUUUUUCCUGCUACUUUUACUGAAACAAAUCUAUUAUUUUUUUGGGUUUUUAUUUACAUUUUAAUUUUAAUAAAAUUCAUGAAAUUAAACAAGUAAAAAUGAAGGUUAUGUUCUCCGUGAGAAGAACAGGCCUCGUGACAGCUGUGCCACACUGUUGCCGUAUCAUGAAAACUUGCGCACAAUUACGAAAUUUGCACUCAAAUCUUAAGCAACACGUGUCGAUUCCACAAAACCAUAAAGAGGAUUUAAAUAAUCUGCAUUCUGGAGAUUCUCAGGAAAAGUAACCAGGAAAACUGUUUUAUGAUCUUAUUUACCAUCAACUACAAUAAUAAACAGUAACUCUCUGCUUAUGCUUACUAGCAUCCUUUGCAUUUCCUUUAAACAAUCUCCCUUGAAUUGAAUGCACAAAGCGGAUCCCGGGGACAUUCCAGUUUCGUCUUCCUCAGCUUCUUCAUUGGAUCCCUCAAUCGGGAAUUUAACAUCUAUACAUAAUCUUGGCAUCUCCACUCCCGAAGAUCAACUCUUACAAUCUCAGCCGCAGACCAACAAGAGGAGCGUCCAGCAUGCCAGCUGGUCCGAUAAGUCGAUGAAUGACUCCUUCUCGAUCUCUCGUAAACGCGUCCGUGAAUCAAGGUCUCAACCGAGCCCUAGGGGUGAGUCGACAUCUAAAGUUCCAUACUCCAAGAAUUCUUCCCUUAAUAAAACUUUUUCACGUCAAUCAUCUCCAACAAUCCUACCAAACAUCAAUAACAAUUUAGAAUGGCAAUCCUCUUUUAUUAUUUCCAAGUCAAAUCUAAGAUACUCUCAAACUAUGAAUCAACCGUUCAUAGUAAUUCUCCAGUUUGAUUCAAAUCGAGAUCCAUCCGUAAAUAUUGGUCGCUAUAACCCAAUUGCUCUUGCAAAGAAGAUCAGAGCGAUUACCCCAGGCCCCCUAACGAUUUCCGCUAAUGGCCAGAACAGCACCAAAAUAAUCUGCGCAAACUAUUCCGACGCAAACAAAAUACUGGAUCACUACAAUAACAAUAACCAAUCCUACCUUGCUUUUCCUCCGAUUUCUUUAUUCUAUAAAAAGGGAUUCAUCAGGAACAUUGACACAAAAAUUGCGCUACCGGAACUAUUCGAAAAUAUGGAUGCUCUAUCCAAACCCACUAUCCUGUCUCUUAAAAGACGAGUAAAUUCAGGAAACGUACUCACAGACAUAGUCGAGAUUACCUUCAACUCUUCAACCAUUCCACGAUUUAUUAACUCAUUCAAUUAUCUUUUUUCCGUUACGCCCAUGAUUCCCCCUCCAAAAAGGUGUCAUUAUUGCCAACGUUUUCGUCACACGGCUGAUCAGUGCCGUUCUGCCCACCCUAUAUGUGAGUUCUGCUCCCAACACCAUAUCACUCUUAAAUGCACCAAUCGUCUACUUCAGCCCAAAUGCAACAACUGUCGUGAUGUUCACAUGGCCUCUUCACACGAUUGUCCACGUUAUAAAUACGAAUUUGAAUUGUCAAAAGUGUGUUACAUCCAAAACCUGGGCCACUUGGAGGGCUCUGAUGUUCUGAAUGCUAGAGGUAUUCUUCCUCCAAACUCUCCAAGAUCAAUGAACUCUUCAACAUCAUCGAAAUCUUCUCCAUCUCAAGUUCCUAACUCCAUGCCCCCCCCUCCUCCUCCCCCUUUAACAACUCCAUCAACAUCUCAAUUCAUCCCUCCCCCUCCUUCUAAAUUUCAAUCUUUUCCAACUUCAACUCCUAAACAGUUGGCCAAUGAACUCAACGGCUCUCAAUCCAAAGAUAAAAAUCCUAAACAAGAGCAUCGAUCAACUCUUAAUUCAAUCGUUGAUAACAUCCAAACCAAACUCUCUUUCAUCGAGAAAUCAUUCGAAGAUUCUAACAUCUCAUCCGAUACAUCGAUGAGACAAAUCGAUGACAAAAAGAAUGACUGAAUUAAUUAUUAAAUUUUUAACCCUCCUCUGUCUCUUACUUUUGUUUUUAUUUUCUUAUCUAUUCUCCUUUUAUUAUUACUAUUAUAUUUCAAAUCAUUCAUCUAUUUUAAACUAUUUGAAAUUUUAUUCUUUAUCCUUCCUACUACCCAGCUUCGUUUUAACUACCUUUUUACCUAAAUUACUAAAAUUUCUAUUUAUACAUUUUGCUUUCAAAAUUAUUGAGUACCGUCUGGCACAUGGCAUAUCCAAUUCCAUAAUCAAAAUCCAUCUUUACACAUGGACAUGGAUUGGGAUAUGCAGUCGACCUGUGUGGGACCCUACUCUUUAACUCUACCUUCCCUUUCCUUUUUAAACCUUAUACAAUUAAAUUUAAACAAUGCAUAACAAUAUUACCGUCUUUCUCGCGUGCAUGGAGUAGCAUGCAUCUCCUUUACCCCUUCAGAGCCGCUAUGCUGCUCCAUGCCUCGCGUGAACGAACUUUAAAUCAUUGUUUUAUGCUAUUGUUUUCCCCCUUUAUCGUUUUAUCAAAAAUUCUUUAAUCCACAACAGAUUGAAUUUCCUCUCCGGUAUAUCCCCCCUCCUCUUUUUUUCUCUGUUCCUUUCAAUUAUUAAUUGUCUUCUAUCUAUAUUACUGUUUUUUCUCAUCUUAUUUUAAUCCCAACUGUGU